AUGUCAUAGCACAAACCUUUCCGCAAAAGUCCCCACUAAGUCGACAUAUUGGUGCUGUUUAAUGGAUUUGUAAGGGAAAUAACUUUUAUGUUGUUGCUGCUGCAGAAGAAAUAGCCACCUCAGAUCACAAAAGAGUGACUGCGAGUUCGGUGUUGUGAGAUUGUUCAUACCUACUUCAUCGCCAUGUGGAAAUACGGGUGUCUGGUGUUACUGAGCGCGGUAGUUGUCAGCGCCCAGUUUCCAAGGGUGUGCGUGACGCCAGAGGGACUCCGCAGCGGUCAGUGCUGUCCAUCGCCAACUGCGGUGAACGACCCUUGCGGUGCGAGUGCGGGACGCGGACAGUGCGUACCGGUAAACGCGGAUUCGCGACCACACGGACCACAGUACCCCCAUGACGGUCGGGAUGACAGAGAACGAUGGCCCGUUCGCUACUUUAACCGGACGUGCCAGUGCAAUGGGAAUUUCUCUGGCUUCGACUGCGGCCGGUGCAAGCAUGGUCUUUCAGGUCCCAACUGCGAUCAGCCGGUGUCCGUAGUGAGAAGAAACGUGAUGAUGUUCAAUGCUGAAGAGAAGCGCGCUUUCUUGGAUGCUCUGGACCGUGCUAAGCGCACAGUACAUCCGGACAUAGUGAUAGCCACCCGCAGAUUCGCUGAGGUGUUUGGACCGGAUGGGAACACCAUGCAGUUCGAGAACGUCACUAUCUACAACUAUUUCGUGUGGACCCACUACUACUCCGUCAGCAAAACAUUCAUGGGACCGGGCCAGCUGAGUUUCGGAGGAGUCGACUUCUCGCACGAGGGGCCCGGGUUCGUGACUUGGCACCGGUACCAUCUGCUUCAGCUCGAGCGGGAUAUGCAGGAUAUGCUGCAAAAUCCGAGAUUCGCCCUGCCCUACUGGAACUUUGCCAUUGGUGGGAGCAGGUGCGACAUCUGCACGGACGAUCUGAUGGGGGCACGGAGCUCCUUCGACAUGAACGACAUCAGCCCCAACUCCCUGUUCUCCCAGUGGAGAGUCAUUUGCGAGAGUGUGGAGGACUACGACACACUUGGAACCAUCUGCAAUAACACGGAGACGAGCCCAAUCCGGAGGAAUCCGGCGGGGAACGUGGCCCGGCCCAUGGUGCAGAGGCUGCCGGAGCCGAAAGACGUGGCCGACUGUCUGGAGGUGAACAUGUUCGACACGCCACCGUUCUACUCCACCUCCACGGAGAGCUUCCGCAACUCCAUCGAGGGUUACAGCCACCCGCAGGGUACCUACGACCCCGUGGUGCGAAGCCUGCACAACCUGGCCCACCUCUUCCUGAACGGCACCGGAGGGCAAACGCACCUCUCGCCCAACGACCCCAUCUUUGUCCUCCUGCACACCUUCACCGACGCCAUCUUCGACGAGUGGCUUCGCCGGCACCCUGAGUCUGCUAUUUACCCCUUGGAGAAUGCCCCCAUUGGUCACAAUAGGCAGUACAACAUGGUUCCGUUCUGGCCCCCGGUAACCAAUGUGGAGAUGUUUCUGACGGCCCCGGAGAACCUCGGCUAUUCCUAUGAGGCCGAGUGGCCCGCUCGCCCUAUCGCUCUCACAGAGAUCAUCUCCAUCACUGUGGUUUCUGCUCUCAUCGUCGUGGCGGUCAUCUUUGCCAUCACGAGUUGUGCCGUGCGCUCCAAAGCCAGUAAGAUGGAGGGCAGGCAGCCGUUGCUAGGAGAACAGUACCAACGCUAUGACGACCAUGACAGACACGCAGUCAAAACACAAUCAGUUGUAUGAGGGUCAAUAGAAAUCAACCAACCACUUUUUUUAUUGUCGUUCUGUUUUAAAACACAAGUCGGAAACAGACUCAUAAUUUAAUGAGUUUCGGAUAAUAUUUCAUCUGAUGUACUCACGUUAGGCUCAUUUUCCUAUAGGUGUAAGAUACGAUAUUCAUUCAAAUACAGACCAUGAAUGGUUUUUAAAGUGUAGAUGCUAACGAUUAAUUGCAUAUAUGCUUGUAUGAUGUACAUUUGUAAACAUAAUAUUUGGGUAUAAUGUUUUCCAUAAAAAUGGAAUCUGGUGAUCACUAAUUCUAACUUUAGUUGUUGAAAACAAUAA